CGAUUACGUCUCUCGAAGUGCUUCUCGUAGAUGCCACUUGUGCGGCGUGACCGUAAUGAUUUAGCCUUGCUGACUUCGAAUUGACUCACCACUCACUCGCUCGUUUGCCAGUCACUCUCUGACGACUUCCGUUCACUUCCACACAUUCACUCAAUCGCAGUGUAUCACGCACCCAUCCUUCACCAGUCACUUUUUCACCACCUCGCGUCCACGUAUUCUCACCAGCGCACCAACACCCAACAUGCAGAUUACCGAGCUGCUGUUCGCCCUCUGGCUACCCAUACUCGCUGUCGCCCUAUCGCAAAGCGGAAGCUCGGCGACAACGCUCACAACAAGACCUUCGCCCAUAUCCCCACGGUCCGUCGCACCAGCUUUACAGAGCAUUUACGAUGUCCUGGACAUCCUGUCCCCAGGUCAUCCUCACCCUGCGCCCACGCCCACUUCCACGUCCCAGUCGGGUAUUACGUUCAUCCGCACAUUCAUACCUGGGGGAGGUACGACGAUUGUUUAUUCGUUUACGACAGCGUCCACCACAGUGACACCUCCGCGGCCGCCGCCUACCACUAUUACUAUACGGACGACACUAAGCGCAGUCGCGGAGCGUGGGCAGCAGCUGGAGGAAACGGGCAAGGAGGCAGCUUUUGCUCCUGUCAACACAGACCUACCUGCAGUGUAGAGAGAUACAGAGGCGAAGGGGGAGGUCGGUGGCAUGGACUGAGGAGACUUCACUCUGUGCCGUGUAUGCAUGGAGGCGAGAUGGCCUGAAGGGAAAGAUCUCACUGGGACGUUGCUGGAUGUCAAUGGUGGGAUUUGGAGCUGGUAAUUUAGAGACAACGAGUAUGUGGGUUGUACACUGACGGGGGUUAUAAUGCAAAGGCGGACGGAUCACCC